AUGUCUUCUCAAGCCUUUCAGAUUAUUUCUACGCUCCGCUACGACCCUGCUCUCCCCAAUGUCGUCGCUCAGAGGGGCGUAGAUGCCUACCCCGAUCCGCUCAAUACUCCUUACUACCUCUUACCCUACCAUCAAGACCGACUUCGGAACGCCGCACGCUACUUCAACUGGGACAGCGCGGUCAAAUUCCUCGAGCAAGACCUUGCCCAGUUCGCUCAACACCUCGAUAAAUACAUCCCUGACAAGGGCCAGCCAUGGCGUCUUCGGGUAGUCGUUGAUCGCAACGGCGAGUGCAAGGUCGAUGUCGACAUUGCCGAUCGGAUCGAACUAGAAAACUUCGUUGUCCCCUUUAUCAUCAGCCCGAUAUCUACAUCCUGGCGUGUCUAUAUCGACACAGCUCCUACGGUUCCAUCGGCCUAUACGACACACAAGACAUCCGCUCGUGGAGACUACAUGGACGCGCGGACUCGGUUGGGAAUAUCCUCUCCGCUUGACACGGCCGAUGUGCUUCUGGUCAACCCGAAAGGCGAGGUGAUGGAGGGAAGCAUCACCACUCCGUACUUCAGGCGGCGGCGAGAGAGUAAUGCGGAACAGAACGAGCCGGAGUGGAUCACACCCCCGCUGUCGAGUGGUGGUUGUGCUGGCACAAGCAGGCGUUAUGCUCUAGCUCAAGGCUUUUGCAGGGAGCAGAUAAUCACUACUGCGGACCUGAUUGAUGGUGAAAUGUGCUUGCUGAGCAAUUCGGUAAGAGGCUUCAUUCUCGGCAGAGUCGUGCUCAACAAGAGACCCAAUUAG